UUAUCCCUCACACUCCCAGGUGCAAUAGCAUUCAUAGGCCAAGAAGGCCACAUCCACACCCAUGGCGCUCCUCCUCUCCCCUACCGUCUCCUUCCUCGCCUCCCCUUCCCCUCCUCGCUCCCGGACUCUCUUAACCGCCGCUGGAAAUGUCUCAAACCCCGCCCCAAGGUUGCAAUGCAAGAAUCUCACCUCCCUGCAGAGUCCUCUGAAUGUGAUUGCUGCCCAUUCUUCUUUCACUGAGAAGAGGCCAGUUCUUGUUCAUGCCGCCACGGAGGCCAGUGAGGCUAAUGCAGAGCAACCAGAAGAGCCAAAACCGGCGACUAAGAUCGAGGAAAUGCCACUCGAGUCGAAACAAAAGAUGAUCAUGGAGCAGAGGGCCCGGAUGAAGCUGGCCAAGAAGCUGAGGCAGCGACGCAAGCGGCUUGUCCGCAAGAGGCGGCUGAGGAAAAAAGGCAGGUGGCCACCGUCCAAGAUGAAGAAGCUCAAGAAUGUAUGAGUGGCAUCGAUAUCGGACACCACUCUGCCUUUACUUUAUCGAUACACUGUGCUUGCCCCUUUUCCCCAAUUUUGCUGUUCAGAAUCUGAAACACGAUGCCUGUAAAAUGUGAUUCUGUUUUCCCAUAAUUGAAUCUUCAUACAGUCUAGUGUUA